AUGUCCUGCCAUGCCAUUGGUGACGGAGGCAAAUUAGCGUUAGGGCUCCAAGAUCUGGGAUCUUUGAGUAGUCCAGAGAAAGAGAGGAGUAGAUUUUCCAACCCCAUGCAAACGACCCCCUCAAGAGCUGCCGAGUCUCAGGCAAUGCAUCCAUUCUCUCUUGUCGUCACUCUCAUGGCUUCCAACUCCAAUAACAAUGCGAUCGACACUCCAAUUAUUUAUGAUCUGGCCGUUGUGGGUCGAGGAAUGAUCGGCUCGGCGGCAGCUAGACAUGCGGCUGUUCUUCUUCUGGGACAAAAAGCCAAAGAAGAAGUGUCGGUCAAAAUUGCGCUCAUUGGUCCCUCGGAAGAUGACUCGACCAAAGAAGUCUAUGGAGCUCAUUAUGACGAAGGACGAAUCACUCGAAAGACGGAUCCUGAUCCAAUUUGGGCUGAAUUGGCCAGUCGAUCGAUUGAUCGUUACCCAGAUAUUAGUAUUGGCUCUUCCUGUUCUUCUUUUUAUCAAGAAUGUGGCCACUUGGCCGUCUCCAAUACGGGCAGUAUGGUCAUUCAGAAUCGACUCGACAAUCUGGAACGGAUGAAACUCACCGAAUCAUCAUCGAUUGAGCUUCUUUGCGACAAUCAACAAUUGACAGAACGAUUUCCCUACCUCCACUUUCCGGAUGGAUGUGAGGGAAUCUUGGAACCCAAGAAUGCAGGGUAUAUUAGCGCUCGUGGUUUGGUGGACGCUCAAUGCCAGCGGGCUCAGGAAUUGGGGGUAGAUCUGAUCAAUAGAGUGGUGGAAAGAAUACGUCCAAAGGACGAGCACUUUGAGCUACGUUGCUCCAACGGUGAUGUCACCAUUCAUGCCAAAAAGGUCCUGGUGGCCACGGGAGCUUUUACCAACUACCGAGAUUUGGUGCCCGCUCAGCUGGAUUUGACCCCCAUCAAGACACAAACGGUCCACUUUCUGCUGGACAAGGCGGAUGCCACACGGUUGGUAUCCAUGCCCAGUAUCAUCUUCAAAGAUACAAAACACUGGGCUUACAUGUUACCUCCCAUUCGAUAUCCCGACGGGACCAUUCGCCUCAAAUUGGGCGGGGGCACGAUCAUGGAGGAUGAUGAUGAUGAUGAUGAUCACGAUCGUCGUUCCAUGCACUCGUACCAAGAACUUGUGGAUUGGUACAACAACAAGGGAGGAGAUGCCGCUGCCACACAAGAAAUGACAGAGCUCUUGCACCGAUUCGUUCCCAACCUUUCCACAACAACCAUGCAAGUUGUAGUCAAUACCUGCGCCACACUGCAUACACCAACUCGACAAGCCUACGUGGGCGAAGUACUGCCGGGAUGGGCCGUCGCCACGGGAGGGAAUGGAUUUGCUGCCAAGAGCAGUGACGAAUUGGGGCGGUUGGGAGCACUCUGUGUAUUGGAUCCAGAGGCAUUCUCCCAAGAGACGAUAUGUGGGCACCCCGUAGCUGAGGUUCUGAAACCACUCGUGGUGGGAGAAACUACUGGUAGUACAGCGACCAAUGACAAGCGGCAUUGAUUUGGGGGGAGAUCCAUCUGGCAGCGCACUUUACGGGGAAGGGAGAUUAGCUAGUAGUUAUAGGGUUACGUUGGAAGUCUUAAAAUAUUUGAAAAUGAUUUCUUCACC